AUGGCGUCUCGGCAUAUUUCCUACGAUACACAUCUGCUAUCUUUCACCAAUGACAGUGAUAAUCAGCUGGUAAACGACGACUUUGUCUCGUUUCCCACGCUACCGGAUCCAGAGCAGACCGCAAACCGUUCCUUCUCGAAGAUUAUCACCAAAACACUCCGGAAGGUCACCAACAACGCUUCCAAUUUGGUCCAUACAUAUGCCUCGCCGCGCCACCAUACCGAGGCUCCUGAUUUACCGACGGACCCGUCGGACUCCAGCAUAUAUCACGAGCAUUCGGCUCCGGAGAGCCCGACUAAGAGAACUCCGGCUGAGCCCAGACUGAAGCUUCAGAGCUCCGCAGCUUCGUUUCGUUCUGACCAAGAUGAUCAUGCUCUGAAGGCUUCAAGGGCAUUGCUGGACCUGGGACUUCUGGACUCGCCAUCUUCCACACAGAAUACGCCACGAAAUGAUCCUUCUAGCCGAAAAACCACUAAUGGUUCGUGGAAAACUCACUCAGCAUCGAAGUCAAACCUUCUUACUCCUGCAUCACCCGCCUCUGUCAAGAGAGCUGAAAGCAUUCAUGGCUACUCUCCUGGUCGAGACCAGGCUCCUUCCUUGUUCAGAAUGAACUCAGACCUUCAUCCUCGAGUCAUGUCAGACAACAAGUCACUCCGCAUCUCCACAAUGGGCAUUACGAAGCAAAACUUACCAGUCGUGACUCAAAGCGACGUGAAUGUGCAAAAUACAGAGGGUGAGCCUGUUACCUCGAGGCCGGUGCUGAUCCGUCUGGGCAUCAAACCCCAAGUAACUCCUAAGAAUGGGUCGCCAUCUUUCAAAAGUGAUACCAAAGCGCUACAAAACAGAAUAUCCUCCAUUUUCAACAAUCUCCCUAAUGACAUUGAGCUCUCGGAUGAUUCCGCAUCUGACAUCGAGACCAUCAAUAACGACAGCAUAUCGGCCUCGCCAAUGGCCCAAAGAUCAUCGCCUAGGCAGCCUGUUUUAAUCAGCAACUCCGAACCAUCACCUGCAAAACAGGACCGUCAAGCCUUACAGGCCAAAACUCCACAAUCACCGCCCUCAUCUGCAUCUACCCAAAUCAAUAAGACCCCAUCAAUGACUCGAAAAAUAUCCGCCAAUUUAUCAUCGUCCAUAUUGGAUAGUGCUAAGAGCAUCAUCAACAAUAACAUCACCGGGAAAGCCUCUUCUUCAAGUUCUAUCAUCGGUUCCAUGAGUGAUAUGAGAAAAAGGAGGAAGAAGAAACGGAUGGCCCGUAAACUCUCUGAUAACCCAUUGAAGAAUGGUGGAAUUCCAAAGAAAUACUGGAUGAACGACUCAUUCGUGUCUGACUGUUUGAACUGCUUCAAGGCCUUCUCCGCAUUCAGAAGGAAACAUCAUUGCCGCUUCUGUGGCCAGAUUUUCUGCUCGAGCUGUACAUUAUUUAUAUCCUACAGUCAGUACAAGCAUGAAAAGAAGAAAAACUCACUGUCAAAGGAGCCUAAAGUUUUUAAUGACAAGCUUCGAGUCUGCAAACCAUGUUACAGCGAUGUGAUUGUUUAUCUAAGCGACGACUCACUGAGCUCUUCUGAAGAAGAUGCGAUUGACAAUUUCUUCAAUGAAGACUCUGAUAACCAAUUUGCAAGCCUCAAGGUACCAGAGCAUCCCCUUGUGAGAUAUAGAUCCAUGUCGGUUACCUCCAGGCGGGACAGCGUUACGACAGAGUCUUUGGCACUGACAGGUCAGCUAGGACCUAAAGCGGAGAAUCUUUCACUGAGUGGAACACCUACUGUGAACUCCACAAAGGAACCAAGCCAAAGAAGUUCUGAUGUGACUUCAUACAAGCAUGCUCCCCAGAUGGCAAUCCCCACUACUAGGACCGGCGAGGCCAUAGAGAUACCUGUCUCUCGAAGCCCAUUCACUAAUGGUGCUUUGCCUGUCAAAAAGAAUUUGGCCGCGUUGGCCAUGCGAAAUGCAGCUAAUAACUCGGGAUCAGUCAACUCUCUUGAGCCCGAAGAGGAAGCAUUGACAGCUUGGUUUUCCCCGUAUCAUGACGUUCAGGAUACAGCUACAGAAGUUGUUCGUCCGAACAGUCUUGAAAAUCUUGGCAAGCUAUACAAUUCAUUUUUGCAUCGAAACCCUUAUAGGCUUACCCGAUCUACAUCGGAGAGAGUCGCCAGGCCUAGUGCACUACUCAAGCGAAGAGCUGGAUUUGAAUCAGAGAGAGAUGAUGACAAUGAAAGCGAAAACGAGGAUGAAAAGGUGAUGUCGCUCUACACUUCACUCAACAACGAGAAGCAUGCCAAAGAUCCACGGCUCUCACUGUCUCCCAGGGCAAAGUCGAUAAGUCAGUCCAUGUCACUGGUUCCUACUCUUCACGAAUUUCCCGCCAUGGGCGUAAGUGACAAAUAUAUCCCGACGCAUAUUAGCUUUGGAAACCAGACCAUCGAUGAGCCAGGUCCGAAUUUUGGCAUUAACGCUAACAAGAACCGCUCGGAUCAUCGAUCAUCUGAAAGAGCAAAAGCUUCGCUUAAUCGUAUGCGACAAAAGAGAAUGAACAAGUUGAGGAACAAGCAUGAUUUCACAAGAAGCACACUCAAGCUCCCUCAACUUGAGACAACUGCAGAAAGUGGGCGUCCUUCCCUAUCCAGUCCUCACACAACUCCGACUUCUCCCACCCCUCUUGGCCCUAGCUUGGUAUCCGAACCGAGGAACUCAAGUCUGAGUGGAAUUCAGUUUGCAAGGCCUGAAGGUUUCUUCGAUUUCACAACGGGGUCACCACUCGCUCACAAAGGCUUGGAAGAGAAAACAACGACGAGCGAGCCAUUUCAGCUUGAAGGUAUGGAUUGUGGUGUGGAUGAUAUGCACGUCAAUGAUAAUGAGCUCAUUGGGUAUUUCGGUGGCCUUUUACCGUCGAUCGAUAGGGUUUACGAUAGUUUCAUGCAGAAACUUCUACAACAAUCGUUGGCUGAUUGUGACAUUGCCGAUCCAAAUGAUCAAAAACGAUGGGCAAAGCACUCUUUCAAGCCCUCAAGAUGGUGUAUCAACUCAAAAUCACAAUACGUCAAGUUUAAAAAGAUCUCUGGAGGAACCAUUGAAGAUACACACGUUGUUGAUGGUUUGUUUAUCACCAAAAAUAUUGAUUCAAAACGUAUGCAACUGAGAAUCGAAAAUCCGAGGAUUGCGUUGCUCAUGUUCCCAUUGGAAUACCUCAAGCAUAAGGAACAGUUCAUUAGUUUGAGAAUCGUUAAUUCCCAACAAACAGUCUAUAUUGGAAAUCUCGUUUCACGCUUGAUUUCACUUGAACCAGAUAUUAUUGUCGUGGGUGAUAGCGUCUGCGGAUUGGCAUUGAAGCUUUUAGAGGAAGCUAAUGUUACAGUGCUCUCCAACGUGAAGCCCCAAGUAAUCGAGCGUGUCUCCAGAUAUACGAGAGGCGAUAUCUUUUCUACCGUCAACGACCUAUUUUUCAAAAAAGGCUCUCUUGGUUCAUGUGGUUUAUUCGAAGUCAAGAAGUUUGUACAAGAGGAUACUGUCAAAACAUACUCAUUCUUUACUGGCUGCGAUACGCAAUACGGAUUCACCAUCUGUUUACGUGGUAGCGACAGCGAAUCCUUAAGCGGUGCUAAGUACACAACAGAGACACUUACACCUGCCCUAUGGAAUGCCAAAUUUGAAAAGAGCUUUUUCCUUACACUUGCAUUGGCGUUUCUGGAAAUCAAAACGCGGCCCGGAAAAGAGACGUUGACUCUCUUGGAGCAGAGUCUAACUGAUGCGAGAAAUCUUGGGAACGAGUCCGUCAAUGCUUGCAUCAGUUCCAUCGAACACUAUGGAAUUACCAAUUACAUCCGACUUUUUACAGAAAGAUACUUGAGUGUAUCACCAUCUGUCAACUUUGGUCUUCCAUGCGUCUUACUCAAUGUGGUUAAUGCCUUCGUGAGGUACAUUGACUUCGCUUGUUUCAACCACAAGAUCCAACUGACCGAUGAUCCAGAGUCUUUUGAGGUAGACUGGCUCACAAAGGCUAGAAUUGAUAUUGAUCCAAAGCGGUUCAAUGGCUUUGAAGAUAUCAUUGAAGUUCUUCGCUAUGUCUGCAAAGAUCGCACCAUGAGUCUCUUGGAGGACUUCAAUAGUAGGAUGAGAAACUGGUCAAACAGUAUCAAGUACAAUUCAUACCAGCUAUACCCCAUCUUCCACAGGAGUAUCCAUGUCCUUUAUUCAACUGUGUCUAUCAAACAUGCUACACCGUGCACAGGACCGGUUGUUGUUGUUAUUGAUUACCACACAGAUAACGAUAAAUGUCUUGGUGUAUUCCUUGACCAAGCCCUUCUGGAAUCUGCAAAAGUUUGCGAAGAUUGCAACGAGCUUCUUCUCGAUCAUUACAAGACGUAUGUCCAUGACAACGCUAAGGUGGAUUUAAUUAUUGAAAGGUUGGAUAACUCCUCUCAUGCUCAGAAUUUCAAGGGCAAGGAUGAGCGUAUCAUGUGGAGUCAUUGCCCUGAUUGUAACUAUUCGACACCAAUUUCUUACAUGAACGAUGAAGUCUACUAUCUUUCACUCGGAAAGUUUUUCGAGCUCUCAUUCUGGUCUGAUGGGGUCACCCAUGAAGGUCCAUGCUCGCAUGAUUACUUCAAAAAACAUGUAAAAUAUUUUGGUUACAAUGACAUUGUGAUUCGGAUGGAGUAUUCGAAGAUCGAGACCUAUGAAGUUGUGGUUCCCAGAAAACGAUUAGAAUCGACUCUCGAAACGGACAUCAGACUCAAGAUAGAAUCGUUCGAGCGCAUUAGCAAGAAGAUGAACGACUUUUUCCAGAGUAUCUCUGACAGACUCAACAGGGUCAAAAUUGACACCGUCGAGAAAGCUGAAGCUGGAUACCAGAGAGUUGAGGAGCUCAAGAGCCAGGUUGCCGAGCAGCUUGAAAUGCUUUCGUCGCGUUUGCUUCAUUUGUACGAGGAGACUUUACCAACAAACUAUGUUCUGAUGAAUGCAAUUCAGCGUGAUUUGCAGGACAUAGUUGUUGCAUGGGAUUCUGAGUUCAAUCAAUUUGAAUCAGAUUUCUUGCCAACCGAAAAUGAGAUAAACAAAAUCACGCAAUCCCAUCUUCGAAACUUUUUGAUCGAUAAAUUGGAUUAUGAUGGGUCUGAAAAGCAGAAGUCAGAGAAAGCAAGAGCUGAUGAACAAAAUAAGAAUAGGAGUGGUGCAAACAGCUCUGAUAGUAACCUGAGAGCGUCACCAGAAUCAAUCAAGGGUUCGAAUCAAAUUCAACCGAAGAGGCCCGUACCAAAUUUGAAUAAGUUCAGGGUUCCUUCCGCUGUUAUUGAAGACAAGAUUUCACAAAUUCAACAGUCAUUCGAGAAUGACAACAAGCUUUCGCUCAAGUCUCCAGAAAAGUCUUGUGCUAACUCUAUCAACAGUGAUUCGCCUGAUACCACUACUGUUCAAAAUCCUAAGAAGGUGCAAGAUUUGACUAAUUACUUCAACCAAAUGACACUCGAAUUCCAGAGACAGAGGGAAGAGGCAUUGGAGAAGAAGUCUUACAAGUAUAAAACCUUACCUAUCGUCAACUCCCUGCCUAUAGUUGAAAUCUAUGGUAAUAUUGAGGAUGUGGUGGAUGUGAACCAAGACUCCAGACGAAACCGAAUGAUCCGCAACGACUCAGGCUCAACUGUGCCUAAGCUGCCCGACGAAAGCUUCCGAGCCAAUCCCAUGCAAGAACAAGCCAUAAGCCAGGUGUUGGCAGACGCUGGCUCUCAGGAUAAAAAGGUCGUGGACAGAAAAGAAGAGCAGAAACUUUUGGUGGAGCAGAAUAAGAAGUUAAUGGAAGAGAUGAACAAAUCAGCCAAGGAGUCGGGAGCAAAACAGAAGCUUGAGAUACCGCAACCGGAGCGAAACUCUUUGCUCAAGUCCCUUAUGAACUAUUGGGCUGAUAGAUCUGCCACGUUGUGGGACCCUCUUGACUAUCCGUUCGAUGUCACAGAACACACUUUUGCUGAUUCUGAUGUUAUCGUGAGAGAGGAUGAGCCCAGUUCGCUCGUUGCUUUCUGUCUCUCAUCCAGUGUCUACAAACAGAAAAUCCAGGACAUGGCACUGUCCACAGAUGAUGGUGAACUGGAGGCCACACAAAAUGAUGCAUACCAGAAAAAAGCAGAACAGUUCACCAAGAUUGAGAAGAAGUUCAAGAAGAACUUUGGCACUUCCAACAGGCAGAUGAGUGAAUUGGAGAAGACCAUGGUUAAGACCAAGACCAACCAUUUGAAGUAUCAAUUCGCUGAUGGCUCGACCAUGCUUUCUUGCAAAAUCUUCCAUAGCGAGCAGUUCGAAGCCUUCAGAAAAGCUUGCGGGUUGGAUAAGUCGUUCAUUCAGAGUUUGUCUCGGUGUAUCAAGUGGAACUCAAAGGGAGGAAAAAGUGGGUCUAACUUCUUGAAGACAUUGGACAACCGGUACAUUGUCAAGGAGCUUCUGAAGUCGGAAUUGGAGUCUUUUGUCUCAAUUGCUCCAUUUUACUUCAAGUACAUUUCCCAGUCCACCUUCAACACGUUGACCACAGCAAUUGCAAAGAUAUUUGGAUUCUAUCAGAUCGAAAUCAAAAACUCUGUCUCCGGCAAAUCGUUCAAAAUGGACUUCUUAAUCAUGGAGAAUCUCUUCUACAAUUGCAAGUGUUCUCGGAUCUUUGAUCUUAAGGGCUCCAUGAGGAACAGACAUGUGCAACAGACAGGUAAAGAGAACGAGGUUUUACUCGACGAGAAUAUGAUUGAGUACAUUUACGAAAGUCCUGUGUUUGUGAAGGAGCAACUGAAGAAGUUGUUGCGUGGGUCCUUAUUCAACGACACUUCGUUCCUUUCCGCUAUGGACGUGAUGGACUACUCAUUAGUUGUUGGAAUUGACGACAAUACCCAGAAGCUCUACGUUGGUAUUAUCGAUUGGCUUCGAACAUUUACUUGGGACAAAAAAGUGGAGAACUGGGUCAAGGGCAGCACACUUGUGGGUAAAAAGGGCAAGGACCCUACGAUUGUUACGCCUAAACAGUACCGUAUCCGUUUCCGGGAGGCUAUGGACCGCUACAUUCUUGAGGUUCCAGACAUUUGGUACGAGGGCAAGUCCAAUUGA